AUCACGUUCGAUCAGAUUUGUCUGCCUUCUGUGGACCUCUCCCCUCUACGCCGCAGAUGGGAAGUGGGAAUUGGGAAAAGCCUGCUCACGCCUCACGCUACUCACGUCUCGGCGACGUCUCUGUUGGUCUCUGUCGUCUGCGUUUCUCACUCUUGCGACGUCGAUGACCGUGGCGAGGGCGAGGGUGGACCGUCGGGACCGUCGCAUGCAUAUGGUGCCGUGUGUGUUUGUUAUCGCGGGUGUUAUGCGGACGGUGCUGUCGGUGUUGCGAGUAUCGGUCUCGGUAUAGUUUUCCCACCCCCCUUCCCCGGUCGCGGUGCGAAGCGCAGGAUGGGCAACCAGGUGGCACGCGUCGGGAACACGUCGCACAGGAAGGUGGAAUCCGGGGCCGCGACGGGCGCCGGCAACGCGAAUCACGGCACGAACGUCGCCGCCUCCGCCAACGCCGUCGUCUCCAAGAGCGAGCCGGACCAUCCCAACUCUCACACGCAGUUCUUCCCGAUCGAGAGCCUGGCCAAGACACUGUCACAGCUCUCCUACCAAGAAGGACAUGUUAACGGCAUUACCAAGUCUGUAUUUGAAAAGUACUUAUUUCCCACUCAUCCCGAACUGAGCGAGAAACUCUUCACUUACUUACACCACAAUGCCCAUGGCACGACUGCGUACAUAAGUACAACAGCUUUCAAGCAGCAAGCUGAGAAAUUUUUGUCAGUAAUGAACGACCAAGCUAUACUGGAGAAUUAUAUAAAGAUGUAUUCGAACAUAAAGAAUGGCGGUAAUGUUACACCCGAAAUGCUGCGAGCGUUAUUGAUGUGUUGCUACCAGCUAGCGAUGGAGAACAACAGCACCAGUUUGUGCCUUCACUCGCAACAGAUAAUAAAUGCAGUUGUUGUCUCAUGCUUUCACGGCAAGACUAGCUUGUCUACAAGUUACGUGAGCAAUUGGAUUGGGCAACAUUGCCCACGCCUAGUAUACGGCCUACAGCGAUACGUAGUACACGUGUUAACAACUGCUUAUCGCAACGGUAAAGCGCUUCUGUCGAAGGAGCAACCGCAACCCCCUGUGGAGAUGGUUACUCCUGUAUUGGAAAAGUCGGAUCGAGAGUUUCCUCAAGCAAACUUGUUACCGAUAAGCUAUGUCUGGUUGUUGUCGUGUACACUGCCGCAGUGUUACCUCCAGACCAACGAUUCACCGAAGGACAUAACUCACGCUUUGAUAGCCAGAAGAACAGGCAGUAUUUGUCCAAGGCAUUGGACGUUACUGUACAAUAGCGGGGAGCACGGGACCGGGGCUAAUCGCUUCCUUCACCAUGUAUUAGGUUACAGAGGUCCCACUCUGCUAAUAAUAAGAGCCGCUAGUAUAGAGAAGGAUGAGGAAUGUCCGACGUUUUGCGUGUGCUCGGCCGUCGAGUGGCGAGAGAGUCAUCUCUAUUGGGGCGACGAAGACUCGAUGGGCAUUCAACUGAUUCCGUCCUAUAAAAUCAUGGAGAAAGGCCCGAAAAUACUAUACCUGAACACGAAUAUCAGGGGCUACCCGCACGGCUUGCGACUUGGUAGCGAUCCGCGUUCGCCGCUUAUCAGUAUCGAUGAGUCAUUCCACUCCGUGUCUAUCGCCGGCGCGCCCUAUCGCAUCGCCAGCCUGGAAGUCUGGGGUUGCGGCGAUACGAAGCUGAGGGAAAAGCAAUUGGAGAUCAAGAAGUGGCAGGUGAAAGAAGCGGAGAAGCAGAGGGUUGUCAAGUUAAGCGCGAGCGAGUGGUUGGACCAUCCCGAUCGUUACUUGCUAGAACUGGCUGGUAGAGCGUCUUACAAUGAGUCUAACAAAUAGAGCCGCGAGAGGAUAACGCGCGUGCUCAAACAGCUGCUCAUAUUACUAUUUUACUUUGUAAAUAUGUAUAUAGCGUCAAAAAUAUCACCGGGAUUUCUGUACUUACGUGGUGUACGAAGAACGUACGCAUGAAAUGUGAUUAUGUGACUUACGUGAAAUACAGGGACUUAUGCUUGACGUACUUAAGCACAAGUGCCAGUUUGUAAUCGUCUA